AUGGCAUGGUCCUGUGACCCUCAACUGGUGUCCUCGGUGGCACCGGAUUACUUGGGAUCUGGGCCUGUUCUUUACAACGCAAUGAGGGCUUUUUUGGCAGCGCAGUGCCUUUUAGCGCCCACGAUAUUUCCCGAACCAACUCCAUCGGAUAUUAUAAAAGCAGCUGAGACAACUUAUGAUUUUAUCAUUGUCGGAGGUGGUACAGCGGGCGCUGUUGUUGCAAAUCGACUCUCCGAAAAAGCUAAUUGGUCCAUUUUACUUUUGGAAGCCGGUGGCAAUCCAAAUUUGGGAACAGAAAUUCCAGCACUAUAUGUUAACAACUAUGGAACGAAUGUGGACUGGAAUUUUAGAACUGAACCGCAAAAGUAUUCUUGUCUCAAUUAUGAGAAUCAAAAGUGCUAUUGGCCAAGAGGAAAAGUUUUAGGUGGAACUAGUAGCAUUAAUGGAAUGUUUUACAUGAGAGAAUAUGACCUCGGGAGUGGGGAAUAUGAUCAACUGCCCUCCGUC